ACUCUCAGCGGACUCUCAGCGGACUCUCAGCGGACAGUCUCCCACAGUCAGCGGCUCUGUAGCCGCCUCUGGCUGGUCUCACCUCCGCGGAUCGCCCCCCGGUGCCGACCCGUACCGGCUGCUCCCUGAUUGUAUCAACUGAAUCACAGACACACACACACACACACACACAGAGGAGAGAAGGAGAAGAAAGAAUGCGGCUGUGUUUCACUUUCUUUGCUUCCAGGGACCCGUGUAUCUAUCUCCCACAUCUUCUGCUCGGAUCUUUCUUUGUGGACGCUUUCUGCUGCGGCUGUUGUACCACAGCCUGAUGCCGAAAUCCCUACAUUCAUGAGACGGCAACAGGAAGCAGAUUACUGAGGGAUUACACACACACACACACACACACACACACACUCAACAGCAGAGGAGCACAGUUCCUGGAUUUGUCCGAUGUCCAACUGUGGAUCUCACACUCAAUGAACUCGUCUGACUGACUGAUUGAGACUCUCUCUCUCUCUCUCUCUCUCUCUCUCUCUCUCUCUCUGGUAUCAUGGAAGAAGAGGAGGAGCCAACUGAGCCUCAUUGAAUUAGAUUCACAUAACCCCACCUCCUCGUCUUCCUCUCCUCCUCUCCUGGCUCACAAUCGAAGGCUUUGACUGGUCGAUGAGGAUUACGGAUUUAUGACAAACACAGCUGAGUGUGCGGAGAACGAAAGAGAGAGAGAGGAGUGUAGAGCCCAGUGUCCGCCUGCUGCUGUCCCAUGAUGCAUCAUCUACUCAUGUGAGAGCAGGAUCAGCCACACAGAGGGCUGUUACUAUGGAUACCCCUGCCCAGGGUAGUAUUAAUAAGACUCGCUGAUAUUCUGGCUAUCUGUGCGUGAGAGAAAAGACACAGGGCGAGAUUAGAGGUUCACGGCUGCUGCAGCGCACUACAGCCUCAAACAACAUCAAUGGAGCAGAGAGAGAUGUCAUCAUUUAGCAUGGAGAGGAAAAGUUGACAGGGAGAAAGAGUUAUUUUUAGCCAAAAAAAACCAAAACAAAACGUUUUAAAAGACUUAUUUAAACCUGCAGCAACAUCACUGAUCUACCCCCAGUUUGAUUUAUUUCAAUGUUGUCUGCGUUUUGAUUUGUUUGCUCAGAUAGCCUUGUCCUAAAGACCUGAAACGUUGUGUUCAGAAGCACAUUGACCACUGCUGGUUCAGUAAAUGGAUGAUUCCAUCAGACUCUGCCCACACAGAAACAGAAGUCAAGGAUUAUAUGAUGCACAAAGAAACUUCUGAUGCCUGGAGGAAAAAGCUCGGUUUCUAACUUGCCUGCAAACAUCAUUCCCGUGCCCAAAUUCUGCACAGAAAACGUAUCCUCAAAUUUUGGUGUGGCUCUCUUCAAAUGCCAACACCAGAACAGUUCUGAUACUGAAAGUUGUCCUUGUUUUAACCGGAACAGAAAUCUUCAUGCACCAGCUAGUCGGGGAAGAACAGGUCUAUGGUAGAAGUUUGGCGAUCACCAGCACAAUGUAACAUCCUGCAGCUAAAACAAUAAAUAAAAAGCACCUGCUGGGAUCCAUUAGACUCGAGGAAUCUAUUUAUCAUCCCUCCUAAACACCUCUAGAGUGGGCUAUCAUGGCCAGACACGACGCCCCCCUCUUCCCCCACGGCUUCGAUCUGGGUGGCCACUUUGUUGACCUCAGACCCCUUGGCAUGGGCGUCACAGGCCUGGUGCUGUCGGCCGUGGACCAGCGCACAGGGCAGCGAGUGGCAAUUAAAAAGCUUGUGAUGCGUGACGCCGUGACGGUGAAACACGCCCUGCGGGAGGUGAAAAUCACCCGGCGGCUGCACCAUGAAAACGUGGUGAGGGUUCACGAGGUUUUGGCACCGUAUGGACGACCCCUGCCCAGAGACCCCACCCAGCUGAGCGCCCUGUACAUCGUCCAGGAGUGCAUGGAGACUGAUCUGGCUCGGCUGCUGGAACAAGGGCCGCUACAAACAGGUCACGCCACCCUGCUGUUCUACCAGCUGCUGAGGGGACUGAAGUUCAUCCACUCGGCCAACGUCCUGCACAGAGACCUGAAGCCUGCCAACAUUUUCAUCAACACUGACCAGCUGCUGCUCAAGAUCGGAGACUUCGGGCUGGCCAGGAUAGUCGACCCUCACUACUCUCAUAAGGGCUAUCUGUCUGAGGGUCUGGUAACUAAGUGGUACUGUUCCCCCCGUCUGCUCCUGUCCCCCAACAACUACACCAAGGCCAUUGACAUGUGGGCCGCUGGCUGCAUACUGGCUGAGAUGCUCACUGGACGCAUGCCGUUUGCAGGAGCCCAUGAGCUGGAGCAGAUGCAGCUGAUUCUGAACACGGUGCCUGUGCUGCGGGAGGAGGACAGACAAGACCUGCUACAGGUGAUGCCUUCAUAUGUCAGUCAUGGAUGGAGAGUCAAGAAACCCUUUUCGGAGUUGCUGCCUGAAGUGGAUGCUCAGGCUGUGGACUUCCUUGAGCUCAUCCUGACCUUUAACCCAAUGGACCGGCUGACAGCUGAAGCAGCUCUGUCCCAUCCCUUCCUCCAGCAUUACUCGUGUCCGGAGGAUGAGCCCACCUCAUCACAUCCCUUCCGCAUUGAGGACGAGCUUGAGGACAGCCUCGUCACCGAGCAGAGCCUCAGCAACAGCAACAGUCAGGCCUCAAGCAUCCACUGGGAGAGGUAUGAGAACAGUUUAUCAACAGACGUGUCCUGGCAGCAGUCAGGUGGGAGGUGUCGCUGCAUGCCCCCCAGCCACAACACCUCCGACAUGGGAGACACCACCGAGGAGGAGGAGGUGCAGAGAGACCCACGGGCCAGUUCGGCCCUGCAGCUGGAGGAGGCUCAGGUCGAUCCACGCAAAUAUUCCCACAGUAGCUCAGCCGAACGCUUCCUGGAAAACUCCCACUCCUCUCUGGAGCGGGCCUGUGGUUUGGGCUACGGGGAUCUGGAUUGCGGCCGCUCCUGUGACUACAAAGUGGGCUCUCCUUCCUAUCUGGAUAAAAUAGCCUGGAGGGAAGGCAAGCCUCAACACUACUCAGAACCAAAGCUGAUCCUGGAUCUGUCUCACUGGAAGCGCAACACUAACAGCCUCCCUGUGCCUGCUGGGCCGAUCUGUGGCAGCGUCGUGGAGGACCUGGGAGACGUGAACGGGGAGAUAGCAGAACAGGAGGAAGACGAGGAAACGGGGGAUUUGUUCAAAGAGAUUUCUCGCUGGGUGGAGAGCACCCAGUCUCGUCUGCAUUCACCCAGUCCCAGCCCUUCUUUGGAGCAAAACUCACCCUCCUGCUUCACUUCCUCACCCCCUCUUCCUCUCUCCCCGUCUGACCUCCCAACUCCCGUCUUCCACUACACUGAAGUCCUGCGGCAGCCAUCGGCGGGUUAUGAUGAAGACACACUGAGCCCGCUUCCACCUGUCUUGUCCUCCUCUCUUCCCUCACUUCUCCCUUCCUCUCCCACCUCUCCUCUGCCUCCUCAGCCACCUCAAACUGCAUCUCCCCCCAUCUCACCACUUAUCCCUCCUUCAGAAUCUCAACCCCUGUCCUCGACUUCUUCGAUCACUCAGCCAGCAAAUGACGACUGCUUGGAGUCACUUCCCGUCAAGCAAAAAGAUCGCCUGUUUGACCUGGAUGUUUUUAUAUCCCGGGCUCUGAAACUGUGCAGGCAGAAUAGGGAGAAAGCAGAAGGGAGGAGAGGAAAGGAGGGAGGAUGGAAGGAAGAAAGCAAACAGCAGAACAUUAAUCGAAAGGUGCCCAGACUUCCGGAGCACAGGACUCCACCACCUCCACAGACGCCCAACUCUUGAUGCUGAAUUUCAACUACAGGUACAACACAGAGCAGCGUCAUAAUGGAUAGCACCUCCUUAUUCUCAUAGUGCAUUACUAUGUGGUUUAAUAUGCUGCAUAAACAUUAGGCUAGACCUCAGUGUUAGCAGCUCUCGUCCUUUUGUGACUCAUGCAAUGACACGCGACAUGCUGUGACUGACACUGGCACGUAAACAAGCAAUCCUGCAACUUUGUCAAGAUGUGUUCUCAGGCAAUAAGAGGUCAGAAAGCAGUUUGGUUAAUACAAAUAGCCAUGCUAGCAUUGAACAUAUAUAAUUUGUUCUAAACAAACAUUUGUAAAAACAGUGUGCAAAUGAUUGUAGGGUUUAUAAUCAUUGGUCAGACUUAUUUUUUAAACAAACAUCCGACUAAGAAGGAGUCGGCCUGUGAGCGAGACUCAUCUGGGCCAUUUUCAAUAUUCAUGCGGCGGCCAUUUUCCUCUGUUGUUAAACUCAGAAUUAGAAGAUAACAAUAUCUUCCUGCUGUAUUCUAGAUUAUAAUCCCCAUCCUCCUUCUGUUAAACAAAAAGCGAAGCCAGAAUGUACAUUUCUAUCAUUUAAAAAAAUGAAGGGAAUCUGACAGACUUUAUCGUUUUAGUGCUUGUGUUUGAUCUGCAACCGAAGGACAAUAGAAGGUGAAAAUGUUGAGGGACAUCGAGCCAUAUUUCAAGUAAAAACAACAUAUUUGAAAAACCAAUAGCAACAGUGAAACAACAGCUAGUGCUUGCAUUGAACCUAUAUCUCCCUUGCUAAUAUUACUGCUAGGAAGCUAGCUAUUAGCUUGGUAUUUAAACAGAUUUGCUAUUUUAUUGUGUGGCACUUCCAAACUGUGAGAUUAGCCCUCAGUCACUUCCUAGCUGAAACUUUAUUCUCUCUUUGCUAUUGUUAGCUGUUGCUUACAGUCAUUAAUGGGUUAUAAAACGUGUUCCUGUGACAUAAAUAUGGAACAAUGUCCCUCCAAGUUUUCAUGACGGUUGCCUUUUUUAGUUGCUAAUCAGCUGAAAAGUUUUUAAAUAACAAUUUGGCAGAUUACCUACAUUUAACAGAGCUUGUCACUCUAAGCAUGAGUUUAAAGGGGAAAAAAAGCUUCUGUGAAUUAGGUCAAUUGUGUAACGGAUAAAAGUAACACGUAGGUCACUUUCUUCACAAGAGAUCCUUUGAUUUGUGAUAGUUAAUCAGUCCUUUUUCAAAUUGUCAGAAAGUCUUCCAAAGAUAAUGUUCACAAGCUGUGAGUGACGUAUAAAAUGCUUUUUCCAAGCUCCUCUGAAUGUAUUUACUGGACAAUACUAAAUUAUGCUACGUGAUGACCCGAAUGGAUCUGAUUUGUUGCUAUUUUAACACAUGGUGACUUAAUGAGCUCUGUCACUGCUACCUGCCUUGUAAACUUGUAUAAAGUUUUCAUAUUGUAUUCUUUAGUAUAUUUCGCAAGAUUGUGUUCAUGAUAUUCUUGUGUCUUAAGAUAUUUCUGUAUUCUUUGCUAAAAGCUAGAGCCCAGCAUUAUGUUCAUUUGGAGUGAGUUGUAUUUUGUUUAAAUGUGGAAUGAUCUGUUGUAAUAAUUUAUGAUUAUCCUGAAUACCUGCUCUAGUUUGAUCACAAAUGGUUUCGUAUUCUGUUUGCCUGAUUCACCAAAACCAGGUCAGAAUCUGCUGUACAAUUAAUGAAAACGCUCUAUCCACUCUGUGCUAUGAAAGCAAGAAAUCUGUCACCAGUGUGCACACUUAAAUAUUAGCUUCAGAAAGAUAUAAUGCUAACAACAAAAAGCCUAUAUUUUGGAGAUUGUAAAUUCAUUGCAACCAAAACUAUUUGUACUCAAAGCUCAUCAAUGCUGCCCAGCUACUGAGUAGAUGAGUGUGAGUAAAUGUGAUUUAAUCUAGCAUCUAAUGUGUCUCAUUCAAGAUAACCAAAUUAGAUAAAAAAUACAGUCAGCUGUAAGUUAUUAACGGAUGAAGGCUGUCGGCUUGUGCUUUCUACUUUCUUGAUCAAAGGCAUCUCAUUCGUUUAACAUAUCAAUCUAAAGAGCUAUUGGUGAGCAUAUGGUAACAGCAAAAUGAGUCUGUUGGGCUUGUUCAAAAAAGUUAUACAGUUGAAUCCAUUUGCCCAGGACACACACACCGUGUAGAAAAAUCUACCAUCCCUCGUCCGACUGUUUGAUAUGUAAUACUCUGCUGACCUGGUUCACUCAAUGGGCUUUAAGCACAUUUAGGUACAAUAGUGAGCUGCUUAAAAUCACUGCCAGCACAGCAACAACACCUAGAAUAAGAUGUAUUUGAUCUGUUACUGGCAACAAGUCUUUCAUACUGUCUUACAUGUUCACUCUAACUCCAAAUACACACCAUACAACCCACACAGAACAGCAUAGGAGGAAUGAAAAGCCUUUUUCCGCAGCGGAAAAAAAAUAAUCUUAUAGAUAUUUUUAAAUGCUUUUAAAAUUAAUGUGCACUUAAAAUUCAUUUUAAAUAUUUGUUGACUUUGUUAAUAUUUAAAUUUCAGUGUAGACGAAGUGCAGGGGUUUACUGCAGAUCAUCACGUGCACAACAUGAACAGCCAUACGUGACAAACUGCUGACAGUACAACCUCUGAUACAGAAAAGCCAGAUACAUUCCUUCAUACUCACAUUAGACAUGGAGCACAUGUAGAGUCAAUAGCACAUUAAGAUUUACUCAGCCACAUUUUAAACACAACAACAUGCCAGUUCUCAUCAUUAAUGUAACUCGUAGGUGUUAACAUACUUGGACUUUAUCGCUGUACUAACUGAUGUGCUUAUGUAAAGAAAAAGUACAAGCUUUCCAUUUUCUAAUCUGGAGAUAUUUAUCUAUCGGCUCAUAAACAAAAGCUGUGCUGCAGUGAAUCUCAUUAGAACAAGGUCUAGAAUUAAAUCCAUCCAGGUCCAGUGAUCACAUCAGGCUUUUUACAGUUUCUCUGCUCGUUAUCUGCCAGCAAUACCAUCCGUUACUAAUAACACAAGCAUACCUUAACAGCUGGUUACUGGGCUGACAUUAAUUGAUUUAAGUUUGUGAAGCAAUGUAAAAAAAAAUGUGCCUCAUUAUUACACCUUGAUGCUUCCAGCUUGCUGAAUGUAACAUAUCCUGUCUCUUCUGCAUGGCUUUCACAGCUAUUCAAAAAAAGCUAACAUUUCUUGUUUUUAUUUGGUAACACUUUGUUGUAAAAGUCAGAUUUCUGUUGGCUCUGAUGUCUUUUGUACUAAUGCUGCAAAGAGACCUCAGCUUUUCAUUUUAGAACAGCUGAGAAGUUUUUAAAUGCUCAACAAUGAUUGAUAGUAUCUUUCUGCAGUUUAUGUUUUUGCUGAAUAUUUAAUAAAAUAUUACUGAAAAUUUUA